AUGGUCCAACCUGCACAAGCCCAGCUCACCGACUACAACGCCUACUACAACGGCCACGGCUAUAGUCACGACGAUAGCCUCAAGACCCCUUCAUCUGCCUCUGCUGUCACCCAACCUCCGUCGUCUGUCCCCGCGAUAACAGCUCAGCCGACUGCCACUUCCCCAAACCUCCAACAGGAUCAGUCUCACCUUCAGCAGCAGCAGCAGCAGCAACAACAGCAGCAGCAGCAGCAACAACAGCAGCAGCAGCAAGUAGGACAGUCAGAGGAUAGUAUGCAAUCAGUCGAGAUGGUCUCUGCCGAUACCAACAUGUCUGACCGUCAACAGCUGGACCAGCGCCAGCAGCUAAUAGAUCAAAAGCAACAGCAACAGCAGCAACCACAGUAUCAGGGUCAGGAUCAGCAGGCACAGGCACAGGCACAACAGGCACAGCGACUUGCACAAUUGGCCCAGCAGCAACAACAGCCGCAACAAGUCCAGCAGCAGGCAGUAGCUGGAGCAGGAUCCGUACCACAACAACAACAACAACAACAACAACGACCACCGCAACAGCAGCAACAGCAAGUUCAACAGCCACAACAGCAACAGGCGGCGGCGGCGGCGGCUCGGCGCAAGUUCAACCUGGAUGAUUUCCGGAUCCAUCGGACACUGGGCACGGGAUCGUUCGGUCGAGUGCAUCUGGUCCAGUCUCGGUUCAACUCUCGAUUCUAUGCAAUGAAAGUGCUGAAGAAGACCGAGGUCGUCCGUUUGAAGCAGGUUGAGCACACCAACAACGAAAAGAUGAUUCUCGAGCGGGUCGAGCAUCCAUUCUUGAUCAACCUCUGGGGCACCUUCCAGGACGUCCGUAACCUGUACAUGGUCAUGGAUUAUGUUGUCGGAGGCGAGUUGUUCUCUGUUCUCCGGAAGAGUCAGCGGUUCCCGGAACACGUAGCUCGAUUCUACACCUGCGAGGUCUUGUUGGCGCUGGAAUACCUGCACUCGCACGCAGUCAUCUACCGCGACCUCAAGCCCGAGAACCUGUUGCUGGACUCGAUGGGACACAUCAAGAUCACCGAUUUUGGAUUCGCCAAGCACGUCCCCCAGAACAUGACCUGGACCCUCUGCGGUACGCCCGACUACCUCGCUCCAGAGAUCAUUCAGUCUAAGGGAUACGGCAAAGCCGUCGAUUGGUGGUCGAUGGGCGUGCUCAUGUUCGAAAUGUGUGCUGGAUUUCCACCAUUCUUUGACGAGGACCACAUCAAGUUGUACGGAAAGAUCAUGGCGGGUAAAGUUCGGUACCCUUCACAUUUCCAGCCGGCCUUGAAGGAUAUCUUAAAGAGGCUGUUGACAUCGGAUUUGACGAAGCGGUACGGAAACUUGAGGGGUGGGGCCACGGAUAUCAAGAACCAUGCCUGGUUUGAGGGCGUGAACUGGGAUCAGGUGUACUCUAGACAGAUCGAAGCCCCCUAUAGACCUACGAUCAUGGGAGAGGGCGACGCGAGUAACUUUGAUGACUACCCUGAGGACGCGGAGCAGUAUGGUGUCUAUCCUCAGGGCGAGGUCGAUGAACUUGGCUCGUACUUCCCUGGCUUCUAA